AUGAUCAUCGCCCUUCAAACACUCAUAUUCUUUCGCGAAACACUAGUGCGGGCAUUGGAUGCUUUCCUACGACCGUACUACAAAAACUUCAGCUUUACUUUUACAAAACAAAAUGAUUCUGAUGACGAAGGUUCUGAGGAUCAAGUAUACGCGGAGUAUCACGAGGAGAAAGGAGUUGUAUUCUUCCCGCCUGUGUACGUUCAGAGGUAUGCGGCCGUGACCGAUUGUCUCAUGGACGAUGUUUGGUACGGAAAAUUGGAAAAGGUUGCUGACUUUGGAUACCAUGACAUGAGUUUUAUAAAAUAUCUGAAAGAAGUACCGGGAAUCCAGCAUAUUAUGGGUGUAGAUAUUGAGACAAUACCAAUUCAGAGUUCAUCUGAUCUCCUUAGUUCUGAAGACUACAUGCCAAAGAGAGAGAACCCUUUAAAAGUGACUCUAUUCCAAGGUAAUGCAGCAGACCCUGACUAUAGACUGAUAGGCUGUGAUGCUGUCAUAGCCAUAGAAAUGAUUGAACACAUGCUACCGCAUGACUUGGAUAGAUUUGUUCAAACGGUCUUUGGUUUUAUAAAGCCGUGGGUUGUUGUCUUAACAACACCAAAUGGUGACUUUAAUGUUCUCUUUAAAUCUAUGGAGAAAAAUGGCCUGAGACGCUUAGACCAUUUCUUUGAGUGGAGCAGAGAACAAUAUCAUGAUUGGUGCACCAAUAUUGUGUUGCGAUACCCACAAUACUCUGUCUCAUGUAAGGGUAUUGGACCCGGACCUCCUGAUACAGCGCAUCUAGGUUGCUGUAGUCAAAUGGCGAUAUUUGUUUCUAAGAACUAUAUAAAACAACAGGACUUGGACCCAAAUAGCUUGGCCCUGGUUGCCAGUAAAGAUGUGCCAAGCCUAAGCUUAGAUGACAUGACAUCCAGUUAUGAGUGCAUACCCGAUAAUAAUAUGCUAUGCAUAACCAAUGAGCUGAACUGCACCACGUUACAAGUGAAGAAGUUCUCUAAAACUACUCAAAACAUGAUGGCGAAAAACAAAAUAGAUUCAUUGGUGCACACCCGUGAAGUGGUAGAUGAGAUUCGUCAUUUGACGAAGAUGCUUAACUUUGACAAGAGCUGCAAGCAGUGCGGCGGUGACCAUAUUUUGCACAACUUUAACUGGGGGGAGAAUGCGCCAUAUUGGAACGAAUACUACAAGGUCGUAAGGGAUUAUAACUAUCCAUUUGAGACCAAGUCGGACGAAUGUCGUAUCCUAGAUCUGAUAUGCGAAGAAAUAAAUUCUCUGGUGGAUAAGCAGUGGGAUGACGAGUUUCCCGCGGAAAUUAAUAGGUUGGAGAUUCCGAUAGAUCACCUGAUGAAGGCGGUAGUGCACAUCACCGACGAUGUUGAUAAAGUCAAGGAACUCCUAGAAUGGAACGGGUACCAAAUUGUUGGGGACUUGGUGGUGCAUUCUCGUCUGAUCGUCGAUACUACAUCGAUUGGCACCCAUGAUGACGAUUGGGCGGACAACGAAACAGUGUCUGAUUGGGAUACAUCAGAUGUACGUUCAUCUUCGCUUUCCGACGGUAGCACAAACGUUCCGGACUUUUACGGUUUGAAAUUAUUCUUCUCACUGUACAUGUCGCCACCAAAUACAUGA